CUGGGCCUGGGACGACUCUGGCUGCCCUGGGAUGCAAGCUGCUGCUGCCGUUGCUGCUGCCCAUGCUGCUGCUGGUACUGCUGGUGCUGCCAUCGUUGCCUCCGUCCCUGAGCCACCCAUUGAUUCGUACGCUUCGCCAGUCUCCACCGGUCCACCAAGUCCAUGCUGCCAACCCGUAUCCCUGCUGCGUCCGCUUGGUGCGGGCAACCAGCCGGCUCAGAGUGCGGACGCCACAUCCAAAGCAUCGGAUUGGGUUUGCGAGGAAAAAAAAAGCACAAGGUCUCUCCAUGUCCAACGAACGGAAUGAUGCUUCGGCACCGCCGCCAGCCCAAGCAAGUCUUGCCGGAGCGACAUCGUCUCCAUGUACCUUCCUUCGAGUGACGGGUUGGGUCAUUUGUGGCUGCCCCCCCCCCCUUGGCUGUCCCUGCUUGACUCACCGUCACGACCCUGACUCACUCUUGAUCGGCCUUGGGCUCCCGCCUCAGUCGAGGCGCCAUCUCUCUUCGCGUCCGUCGACAGACCAGCCGCCCACAUGAACCGGCCGCGUGUGCUGUGGGGCCGUUGCUCCAUCGCCCAGUCAAAACAGGGUGGUCUAGUGUGUGGGUGGUGGCUCUCGGCCCAUGUUUGCUUCCAAUGCGCAAUUUUGCGAUUCGAUCGCUGUGGCGGGGGGGGGGAGCAGGAAAGCGAAAGACUGUCAUGGGUGGCAAGCUGAGCCGGGCUGCCUCCAAGUCGUGGAUUCGAC